AUGGUCCGAUGCGCUCCACCACUCAUGCCACCCACCAACAUGCGCCACCACGGUCUUGCCAUCAUCACCGCCGCCUCACCAUGGUCAAUGAAGCGAGACCGACGAGGUCGAAAGGGAGCAGCCGGGAACGAGGAGCGGCAGCAACAGCAACCAUGCGGGAGGAGACAACCUCCACCGCCAUCUGCGGUCACCGACCGGACGCGGCAAGAGGAGCAUACCGGGCCCUCGAGGCCCGGCCGAGCCCAAAAGGGGCUCGUGAAGAGCCCGUCGCCGCGCUACAGUAGGCGCACCGCCGUCUCCACAACCCCUCGCACAAGCCGCAUCUCCUCUGCCCUCGCCGGAGCCGCCGCAGACGAGAUCGAGCCAAGCCCGCCCAGACCCAGAUGGGGCCCAAAAAGGGGGCCAGAUCUGGGUAGGGAGGGCGUCGCCACCAUCCACCGCGCCAGCCCGCCGCCAAGAGGCCGCGUCGCCGUCCCCUGGCCACCCGGAGCGACGCCGCCAGAGCAGCCGCCGCCGCCGCUGCCGGAACCUCUGGAGACCGAGGAGCACCGCCGCGGGUCACCCCACCCUGAGCGAGGGCACCGCGCGCGGGGAAGGACGAGGUCGUUGCCGCUGCUAAUACCACGCGGGCAGGGCCCGGUGGCGCAGGCCGGCGGCGGCGGGAGGAGCGCUAGGGGAGGGAGGACACUGGGGGCGGCGAGAGGAGCCCCCCAGUCGCCUCGCUCGGGGAGGCGAUGCGGGGGAACGAGGGGAGGGAAGAGAUGA